AAUGUACAUCGUUGAUUUACAAACCAUAGGUGAAGUUGAUGAAGAUUUUAAUUUGUAGCUUGUACGAUAGAAUAAACGUAGAACGUUUUGAAAAUAAUUUACUUGCGUGUGCCUUGCGUAGGUUAUAAUGCCUCAAUGACAGCUAAGCCAAAUACAGUUGGUCCUGUUGCGGUAGUUAGUGUCUUAACAGAUGAUGCCCGGUGUCAUGUCAAAUCAGCAUAGCAGGCUUAGUUUAAAUAAGAGGCCAUUUAGCUUUUUAGGAAAUGAUCCUCAGGUUAAGAAGGAUUUUGGCACUAAUUCUAAGAAGCCAAGGUUAGAUAUUACCUUGACUCCGAGUUGCAGCACAAAACCACCUCUGGAUGAAUCUUCUUUCAACGCAUCAAGUACUGAUCCCUAUGAUGAUGUCUGGGAUGAAGAUUUAUCAGAAGAUGUUGUUGAAGAAUGUUUUCUUCUUGCUACACAAGCUUCUCAAUCAUGUGCUGAGGAAACUCGAGAUGCAAAUGUUGUUAAAACCAAGAAUAAGUACAACGAGAAAAAUGUCAACAGUUUUGAGACUCCUGCUUUCCUACAGCCUCCUGCAGGAAGCUUCAGUUUCAGAACUAGUAAUAACCAGCCAAAGAGUGUCACGAAACAGUCAACAAAUGUUGAAAACUCGAAGUUUAAAGUUCCAACCACUUUCCAGACUUCAAAAUUACCACCUCAGGUGCAAAAAUUCCAGCCAAAGAAGCCUUCAAACUUAGUAGCAACAACUGAAAAACCUGCUGUUGUAUUUCCUAUCAGUUCUGUCCCUGUAGGUGAAGCUAAAGCAUCAAACAAGGGCUUUAGCACCACUAAACCACCAGUCGCUGUAAAGGAAGAUCUAAGUUCCACAGAAGCUAAUGGCUUAAGAAACUUAAAAGAAGAAAAUGAAAGACUUCAAGAUACUCUCCUUUCCAAAGAAGGCGAAGUAUCUUUGCUUCGGUCUCAGAUCAAAAAGUUGCAAAUGCAGCUUGAAACACAGCACCAAGAAAGUGCACGAGAAGCAGAGCUCCAAGUAAAAAGAUUUAGUGAACAAAUUGAAACAUACAAGAAAGAACUGGAGAUUACUAAAACAGAACUACAGUUUAAGAUUAUCGAAGCAACAGCGGUGCAGAAUCACUCAAAAAUUGUUGAAUCAUCUUCAAAAUUAAAACUGGUAGAACCAGAAGCUGCUGUAAUGGAUACUUCAUGUUUUACUGAACAUUUACAUGCAAAAAGGUCACCAAAGAAACUGCAUACCCACAUGGAGAUUGUCGAGGAAAAUGAAAACACUGAUUUCAGAGCAAAGAUGGACAGUACUCAUCAGUUGCAGCAGUUGCCCCAGAUUUCUGAAGGUGCUAAACUGGGAAAUUCUCUGACUGAGUCAUUGCAGGAGUUACCAGUUCCUGAAGUUGAUUGGUUGCAUUACAUAAGACAAACAGAAAAAUUUCGCAGCACUGCUGAGAGUGCCAGAGGAAUAAACACAAAAAUUGUGGCCUUGCAACAUCAUCCCUUCACAAUACAUGAUUGUAUUGCACAGAUGAUCAAAUUGGUAGCCAUGACAUCCCUGUCUUCUCCUCAGGCAGGACAUUUGAUAAGCCAAGUUGUGCUCGUGUGCCGAAACAUUUUGUGUCGGCAGGUACACAUUCUUCGCCUUCUGCAGCAAGUACAGUCUACAGCCGAAUGGCAUGAGCUAGAUGAGAAGGUUGCUAGUCUUGUGGGCACAAUGGCAGCACCAGAAGAUGCUGAUCCUCUUACUUCAAGGAGCUGGUAUAAUGGUGAACAGGGUAUUGAGACACGCAGGGCAUUUGGAUUGCUGGAAACCUUAUGUGCAUCUUCUCAGUUUGCAGCAGAUCUUCUAUCAGGUACUUCUGCGCCGAAGGAUAUUCCUAAACCAGCCUUUAAUUCUCAUAUUGAUAGCAGCUCAGAAUCAAUAGUAAAGAAGACUAUUGCCAAAGAAAGCACUCGGCAAGGAAAGAAUGUUGCGCCAGCUGUUACAAAUUCUAGUGCAGAAAUGGACACAGAUAGUACACAGAGCUCACAAGACGUAAUGGUUGUGGAACCAGUAGCAGGGCCGUCAGGAUUGACGGAACGCCAUGCCGAAGGUGUAGACACAGAACUGCAUCUGUUGUUGAAGCAAAUACCGGCUAUUCCUAGGAUUAGUGCUCCAGAGAAAUUACCAUUAGAUUUAUCAGAUUUCAUAUCAGACCAACAUGGAUUUCUCCGCUUAUGCCUCGAAGUUGCAUCACAAAUUAGCUUACAGAGGAGAACUCAUAGCUAUGUUGGUGUUCUCACCUGCAUGAUCAGGAUGCUGCGAGCAGUUGCCCUCAAGAGUUCCUUCACAAAGAGAGGGUUACAGAUAGUGCUGGAGAUCAUGCGCGAUGUAGUGUUUUCCUGCCCUCAGGCAGAUGUUGUAGCUGCCAUUAUUGCUUUACUUGCAAACACAUCACAGCAUAUCUUCUUGAUGGACAAACUAUGCCAUGGCAGUUUAACCAACACAUUAGUUGACCGUCAAGUGAAUGAAGUCGUAUAUUUCUCAAGAGAAUCAUGUGUGAUGCAAGUGCUGUUUCGGUUAGUUCCGACUAAUUGCACCUCACUAUCAUUUCGCACUUUUCUUUGUUCAAAUCUGGUGGAAUGGUUGGCUGGACUUAUUUUCCAACAGAAGCAUGAAACGGUGUGGAUGCGAGCUACUGGGCCUGCUAGAGAAUGUAGCUGUAAGGCUAAACUUAUUCACACUCUGGUUACAGUCCUGUAUGAAAGUUUUAAUGACCUGCAGGAUCUCCACUCUCAAGGACAGCAUUCUUCAGUGUCUGCAUGCCUAGGACGUCAUCUGUGUGUUGGUGUUCGCUUAUUACAUGGGCUGCUGCAGCAAGAUGAGCUUAUUGGUUCAUAUCUGGAUGGCGUUGAAGGUCAAUAUCAGCUUUUCUUGACAGGACUGCGUGAUGCUGAGGAUAUGCUCACAAUGUCGGACUCAGAAAAAAAAUGCCUGAAGGAACUCCUGGAAGUGGAAAUAGUAACCAGUGAUGGGGUGAUUGCAGUUCCCAUAGGAGAUGAGGACAUGGACACUUCUUCAAUGAAAAUUACUAUAGUGGAAAAUAAGGAUGAUGAUAGUCUUUGGGAGAAUAUGAACACCUUACUUCAGUGGGAUACCAAGCUAAAACCUAAAAACGUUUAGUUAUUUGCUUCCUCAUGGAAAUAGGUUCCAGGGAAUGGAUACCAAAGCAGUGAAAACUACUGACGUUGCAGCUGCAUUAAGGUGCAAAAAAAUGAAACCAUUGAGAACUCCUCAGGGAUAAAGUAUACACAGUUUAGCAUGCUAAUAAACUUUUAUAACAUCUAUGUAAUUUGAACGUAUCUUUAGUUGAUAAUAAUUUGCUGCUGUGCAAGCAACUAUAAAAGAACAUCCAAUGUGAGAAAACUAAACACUGUGAAAACUACAGAUGUGUGAAUGUAACCAUUAUUGCUGUGCAAUUUUUUUGAAUAAUUGGUUAAAGUCUGUUACCUGUUGGGGUUCAUUUUGUUCUGUUGUUGGUUAGUUGACAAUAUGUAUAUGAAAAUUUCAGCCAAAAUUGGUCUGAAUCAUAUAAUUACAAGCUUUAGUAACCAAAUGCUAUGAGGCAACAUAUCCUGAAAAUACAUUUAGAAGAUUCCUUCUAAAGGAAUAUUAUUUGCAGUAUUGGUUACCUAAAUCACCAUCAUUGUACCACAUCAGUUUAUUUAUUUUUAUGUAAUGGGACCAUUUGUAAUGAAUUAUGGUAGAUAGAACCAGAGAAUUUAAUGCAAGAGCUAUACUGUUGUGUAAAACAGUUGUUUGGAAAUUGGUUAAUCAAAAUUGAAAUUCUGACAAUACUUCCUACUUUAUCAAUACAAGUUCUGUUCAAAGAUAUAUCAAGACAGUCUUAAUACAAAUUGAUCCCUGUAAAUGUUAUCCAAGUUCAGGGCUAUUAAAUACCUCAUACAUCACUGAUACGUAAUUAUUCUGGAUUAUAAAGUAAGCAAAGACAUGCUCACACUUAGAAAAUAUAUUCUUAAUUCAGAGGACGCCUGCAUUUUAUGUCAUGAUGAGGUAAAUGAGGUUCCAGUUAACUGUGAUAUCUUCAGAAGUGUUGUUUAUACUGUAAUAUUUCAACAGAAGUAAGUAGUGGUGAAAUAUUGUACAUAUUGUAAAUAAGAGCUCUCUUCAACUACUUAAAU